AUGAAGAUCAUUUACAUAUUUACGCUUGCAGCCAUUCUAACCACUACCACCAGCAUUGCUAACCCUCUGCUUGUCCGACACCACGACUACUACCCGCGAAGUCCUGUCGCUUCAGGAGUCCAGGGUGCCGGAAUUAUUCAAGGCACUGAUAAUAAGAACAACAACCAAGGAAAUAUUGUCAAUAGUGGCAUCAUUGCCGUUGGCAAAGAUGGUUCUCCAAUCUCGGGUGCUGGAGGUAUUCAAGGCACUCAAAAUGAUGGCAAUGCACAGGGAAAUAUUGUCAACAGUGGUAUCAUCGCUACUGGCAAAGGCGACUUCCGAAGCUAUCCUCCCGCAAAAGUGGUAGUUGUUGAAGACAAAUUAGCUGACUCUGAUAUUACAGCAAUUGGAGGCAUUAAGGGCAAUGGCAACAAUGGAAAUAUAGUUGGAAGCGUAAUUGGUAGCGGAAACGAUGGUGAUUCUAGUAUUACAGCAAUUGGUGGCAUCAAAGGUAAUGGAAACAACGGAAAUGUAGUCGGAAGCGUUAUUGGUAGCGGUAAUAAUAAGUAA